CUAGGGUUAGUUUGCUGACACUGAAGCUGUCCGAUAGUGUAAAUGAAAAUAUGCAAAGAAGAUGUGGGUGUUGUAAGAGGUGAAGUCGAAAGGGAUCACAGAUGUAACGCGACGAGAGUCCAGUCAUCUGAACUCACAGAUAAACGACUUUAACCAUUUCAACUGAACCAAAAAAUACAUGUAUGGAAUUGUGAAUGAUAGUAUGAAUAAAGGUAUGAUAAUGGACUCAGAAGACAGAAUAGAAAGGACUGUUGAUAUCUACAUCAGUGCAGAGGCUGUAAGAGACAUGAAACAUAAGAAAGACACAGAGGACUUCAACACAACAAAAACCCAAACACCUCAACACACAGGAAGUGAUGGUGUGAAUAUCAGGAGCUCCAAAGCAGCUGUGGUGUGUUUGGUGCUGCUGUGUGUUUUUCUGCUGACCGCAGUCAUAGUGCUGUGUGUUACCUUCACUCAGGAGAGACAACAGAUAAUAACUAAGAUCACCAACCUCGCAGAGGAAAGAGACCAGCUACUAACCAACAACAAGAACCUCACACAAGAGAGAGAACAACUACGAACCAACAACAUGAACCUCACAAAAGAGAGAAACCAGCUACUAACCAACAACAUGAACCUCACAAAAGAGAGAAACCAGCUACUAAACAACAACCUGAACCUCACACAAGAGAGAGAACAACUACUAACCAACAACAUGAACCUCACACAAGAGAGAGAACAACUACGAACCAACAACAUGAACCUCACACAAGAGAGAAACCAGCUACUAACCAACAUCCUGAACGUCACAAAAGAGAGAGACCAGUUGAAAUCAGAAAAAAAUGAACUUCAGAAGCUUUUUGCGGGUGGAUGGAAGUGCCAUCAAUCCAGUCUUUACUUCCUUUCCUCUGAGACGAAGAGCUGGUCUGGGAGCAGAAAAUACUGUACAGACAAAAAAGCAGAUCUGAUCAGCAUAAACAACCAAGAAGAACAAGAUUUUGUGAAGAACAUUUCUGGUGGUAAACUUGUCUGGAUUGGUCUGACUGACACUGAUGUGGAGGGCACAUGGAAAUGGGUUGAUCGCAGCAAUAUGACCUUUAGGUUCUGGGAGACUGGACAACAGAAUAAUAUAGAGGAAGACUGUGCUCUAACUCGUUCAACAGGAUGGGCUGAUUUUCCAUGUGGUAAUAAGUAUAAUUGGAUCUGUGAGAAGAGUAUUUUUAAAUGACUCAUUAUGAUACAUAUUUAUGUAAAUAGUGCAUUUUGAACAUCUAAAUAUUUCUAUAAAAUAUCAUGUCUUGUGUUUAGUAAUUUUACCUGUUUUUAUUUGAAUAACCCUUUAAUUAGGGUAUUCUGUAAAAGAAAAAAAAGGUAAAAAAUAAAAUAAAAACCAUUUCAAUAUUACAGCUUUCAUAUUAAACUCUUUAAAUGAACUUUGUUUUGAUUGUUCAGUCAAACUUUGUCACAUCCUAUGAUCUAAACUAAUAUAUGCAUGUAAAAACAACAGCGAUGUUUCUACGGACUGUAAUAAUAUCAGUAAUACACUGAUAUAAUAUAAAUGUCCAUACAAACAGCAUUGUUCCAAUACUCUUAACCAAAAUGAUCAUGAUUUUAGUUUAAUUUGAACUGUGACCCUCUUUAAAUAUUUCUUGCAGCUUUUUUGUAUCAGCUACAGUAUGACAAUAAACCUACUUGACGAUGA